AAAAAAUGAGGAGAAAAGAGAAGGUAAUAAAAAGACAAUGAAUCACGCAAUAAAAUUGAGUCGUUUUAGCUCACAAAUACCAAACUUUCUUUCAUCAUCUGGGUUAGGGUUAUCAUCAAGCAGAAAAGGAGCUGGUAGUGUGAGAUUAGUGCAAGUUAGUAGCAGUAACGAUCCUAAACAGACUAAUUUACACAACAUGGACAAAACUACCAAAAAUCCUGAUCAUGAAGAUAAGCAUUUGAAUGUGAUGGAGGAGUCAUUUGGAGCGGGAUACGCCACACGGAGUGACGAAGAAGGGUUCGGUGGCAUCUAUGGAGGCAACGAUGAAUGCAAUACUGAGAUGAAAAUCAUUAAAGAUCCUGCUCACCAUGACAACACCCAAGGGAGUGAAGUGAAGGAGAAAGAGAAAUCCCGUAACCAAACUCAACAGAAAUAGACACUUUUCCACGGAAAUCAUCCUUAUUAAAUACUAUACUGUAUGAAGCAGCACUUAGCAUGCACUUUUAAUUUGCGUCUAAGAUGAUGCUACUGUUGUUAUUUUGUGCUCUGCAGACUAUAGUAUGUAUGUUGCUUAGUUACUAUAAUGGUCUUACUACGUCUGUUUUAUAUUAUUUUCAGCAAUUAGACAUUUUCUACUUAUAUUUUAUGUUAAAUCGUUGCAAAUAAUAUGAAAUUGAGGUAGUAUAUCUAAUUACAAUUUGUUAA